AUGGCCAGAAUAACCAUUCUGGGCCGUCUGUACGGCGGUAUCCCACCCAUCCAUGAGCACCGUCACCACCACCAUCACCAGCACCAGCACCAGGACAACCGUUUGUCCAGGCCGCGUAGAAAUGCGAGGGGGACUCCAAGAAACGAUCAUUCGACUCUGGAGUUCUUUCAACGGGAAGCCCCUCGGGACUCAAGGGCCAGAGAGAGGGUCACACCUUUUCUCAGAGGACUGAUGCUCCCCGCAUCGAGGACUCAGUUAGAUGGAGAGCGGAACUGGCUUCGGGAGGUACGCGGUCUCAAGAACUUCGCCCUCAGACAAGAACGGCCCUCGAGAAAACCUGGCCAUUCGGGACUCGGAUGGCAAUGCGGACGAAGGAAGUGGGGGUCCUCAGCCUCUACUGUUUUGAUCCCCCACGGAAUCAAACGAUAA